UACGGUUCUAGAGCUGACCAAUUUAUCGUAUAACAAGAAAAAAUAACACUAAUUAGGUUUAUCAUUGUUUGCAUUGGUGUAUUGUGAAAUAUUAAUAUUAUUGAAUAUGCUAUAAAAAAUACAAUUAUGAAUUGUCACCAAAUUUUGAGUGGAGCAUGUAAUGCUGGCGAUCGAUGUUUCGCAACAGGCUCUGUGGAAGGAGUCUCGUUUACAGCAUAUGCUGCAGGAUGUAAUAUUGUGAUCUUGGCUAGCACAUUUGAAAGAGUGCAAAUUAUUCCAGGAGCGACACAUGGCUAUGUUAAAAUUUCCGCACUUGACUGCAGUACCGAUACCGGAAAAAUUGCUGCGUCUUAUGAAAACAAGAUAUGUAUAUUCGAGCCCACUCCCGUUCUUCUUACGAACAAGAAUGUCAAGCACUAUUUGGAUUAUAGAUGGGUGCAAACCGGUUCCUUUAUGUGCAACUAUCAUGUUUUCACACUUUCCUGGAAUUUAGAAGGCACACGUCUUCUAACCGGAGGCUCUAUAAUCGAAAUGUGGAAGGAAAAAAAUACAGAAAAAGUAGAGGAGACUUCUAAUGGUGUAAAAUUCGAAAUUGGUGGCGGCGAUCGUGGUAAUAAAACCCCUACUAACGAGAGUCAAGAUGAAGUAGUCACCUGGGACACAAUAUGGUCGUGCCAGACUGCCAUUCCUAUUUAUCACAUGGCAUUUAGUCCUGACGGCACGCUAUUCGCAACUUGCGGGCGUAAUGAUAGGCUUGUAAAAAUUUGGUAUGAAAACAAGCAGGUUUUAUUUCCAUCUAAAAACAAUAGCAAAUCUGUUUUUGGACAAGAAGCAGAACUUAAUUUUACAUAUGUUUAUAUUGCACAUCCAAGAGCAGUAACAAACAUUGCUUGGCGAAAAACGAGCAAGUAUAUGCCGAAGGGAUCCGUAUCUAAUAUGAUAGUUACUUCUUGUCUGGACAAUAUCUGCCGCAUUUGGAUAGAAACUGUAUUGCCCGAUGAUGGUUUAAUUAAUAUGACGCAGUUUGAUCCUUUGGCAUCCCAAAAUCCAAAAUUUAGAACGCAACGGCACAAACAUCGGUUCAUGCAGCGAUUAAAGCAUAUGAAAACUUGCUUUCACAUUAGAAGACAUGCUAAGACAGAGUCAGGGAUGGUUAAUUAUCAAGCAAAUGCUUUAGCAGACACCUUUCAUGGGCCAAUACCAUCUCUGCCGUCUUCAUGCAGCGUUCAUGACUUUCAUUCAUAUGGUUUUCAUGGAACGGGUGUUUCUCCAGGGAUGCAUUUUCACUUAGCCGCUUCAAUCAACGCAGAAACAGAUAUUCCACUAGUUCCGUCAAUGCAUUCGUCGGAUAGUUCCAAUCAAAACAGCUUUAUUUUACACUGGCUUAAUAAUAAGGAAAUGAAUUUUUCUCUACAAGCUGAAGGCAUAUUACAAGAGCUAACUAAAAAAAUAAUUGACGAAGAAAGUACAAGUGUAUCCACUAAUAACGUUUCAGAACAUAAUGAACCAGAAGUUGCAGAUGAAUCAAAAAAGAAGUUCUUCCGAGCUUUGUCAAAGUCAUUAUCUGCAGAGGAUAGUAAUUCUGAAGAAUGCAAAAGCUCACCACAGCACAAUAAAAUCGGCAAUUUACAGAACACAAAUUCAAUGUCAAAUACAGCAUCCCUAAAUUCUCUUAAUAAUGAUAAUAAUCAUAUAAUAAAUCAGUUUGCUGACUCUUUAGAUUUCAAAAUUGAAUGUUUGUUAAGAGAUUGGCAUCAAAGUCCAGAUCUAGUGUUUGCAAUUCAUCCAAUUGAUGGUAGUUAUCUAAUAUGGGUGGUUGAUUGGCUCGACGAUUAUUAUCCUGGCUCUUUUCGUCAAGCCCAAAUUUCGUUUUCAACACGAAUACCUUUUGCAUUUCCUCUUGGAGACGCGAUGUCUAUGUCAACUACAGUGAGUUUAUAUAAUACGGGAUCGCCACCACUCAUUUUUAGAGAAAUUGCAAAUAGCGUCAAGAGUAGAAAUGAAGAUAUGGCCUCAUUUAAAGAGUCACCGAAUGCUUCACCAGUGAAUAAAGCAAGUAAUCCGGACAUAAAUGAGCAGGUUUUGAACACCAUAACAACUAGUAUUUCGCCGUCUGUUUCCAUGGUUACAAAGCACUCUAAUGGGACAUUAAAUUUGUGGCAACUAACUUUUGCAUUAAAAACGAAGUUUACCCAAGUUCUUAGCAUUGGACAUGUGUGUAGAGCUUCCGGUCACCGAUUCAGAGUUAAUGACAUAACAUGCCAUCCUGUUUUACCACUUCUUGUCUCAACAUCACAUCACAAUUUACCAGAAUCUGAAAAGAAAAUGCCUAACAGUGCUGAGAACCUCCCAUACAAUAAAGACGUUUUCACACCAUCUGGAUUUUGUUCCGAAUUAAUAUUGUGGAGAGUUGAUUCUGUUGGUCCGCUUUGUCAUUCGGGCGGUGUAAGUGAACUGGCACGUAUUAAUUCACCAGAAAUAUCAGCAUUUAGUAAUGUAGCUUGGAUUCCUACUUUAUUACCCAGUACAACUUUGGGAAGUAGCAGCAAUUCUCCAUCAGCGUGUUUUGUUGCUAGUGAUGGCGAGAACCUCAGAGUUUAUCAAGCGGUAAUUGAUGCUCGUACUUUACUUGCGGAGAUAUCUUCAUCAGAAAAUGCAAAUUCCUUUUAUAAAUCCAACUCAAUGGUGUCAAUUUAUUCAAAUGCUUCAUCAACAUAUAAAAUGAGAAAAACCCCUUUUCAUGAAAAAUUAAAAGUUGUUUCACAACAGUCCACUGCUCGUCCCGGAUGCAUAAUUCAACUUGAUCCAAUAUCAGAAGCUAAACACGAUUGGCAAAAUACACAAUUUUUACACGUAUUUCAAGCCCAACUAAUUGAUGGAGGACAUCGAAUGGAAUCUGAUUUAGAUGCAAUUGUUGAUUUGCAACAAAAUUAUGAGUUUAAGGAGCCAUUUUAUAUUGUUAUAAUCGAAAAAACUAUUAAAGGUAGCACAAUACAUAUGUGGAGAAUAAUUAUUUCUUCGAAGGAACAAAAAACUUUUCUACCAGACACUGCGAUGUAUGUCCCAGAUAGUAAUCUUGUUCAAGAUAUAGAAGACUCGGAUUUAGCGGGGCGUAGAAUGUCUGCCGCUAAUGUAUUACUUAAUAAUUCCGAAGAUCAAGGAAAUGAUACUUCACAUAUGACAAUAACAACGGAAAAAGUUUGCACCCAGGAGCUACCAAUGCCAGAAGGAGUUGAUGUCAUCCAUGCUUCCCCAGCUGCUGGUCAUUUAAGCUCGUCUUCAAUCUACCCAGCUUGUUAUGCGCCCUAUAUAAUAGUGACAGCAUGCUCAGAUUCAAUCUCCCGCUUUUGGAAAUGUGAAACAACUUCCGAUGAUCCUGAAGAUUUAUCGAAAAAAAUGUAUAAAUGGGUGGAAUGGAAAAUGUUUAGUAGAGUACAGGAUUCUGCCAUAGAAAUACCUGGGCAGCCUUUAAAUAUUAGCGCUGCUUAUUCUGGUCGGGUGGCUUGUGCUUAUAAAUAUGGUAAAAGUUUUACUCGUCCUAACAAAGGCGAUCCAGAUUCCAGAUAUAUUAAUCUUUGCGUAGCGAUUUAUGAGUGUGAAAGUUCGGGAGGAAGUGAAUGGGUUCUAGAAGAUACAAUUUACUUAAAAAACGUUCAUUUGCCACGUAUGAACAUUGAUCAUGGUAUUGACCUUAGUUAUUUGCAUGACAGUAGAUUACUGCAGAAGAAACAACGUUUAAACCAAGUUUUCCAAACUUUCACCCAAGAAGACGGAAGAUCUCCACGAAGCGGAGAUACAACGCCUGAGCUUACAACUAAAACAUCGUCUACUUCUGGACUGCUUGCAGUUCCUAGUUUUAGUACUCUACAAUCUCUGAGGAAAAGUAUUGCUGAAAAUGGAAAUACCUGUCCAUUGACCCAAAAACAUCUUGUUCAACUAGAUUGGGUAUCAAAAGAGGACGGAUCACAUAUAUUAACAGUCGCUGUAGGAAGUAAAAUUCUUUUAUAUACUGCAGUAUCAUCUGAUAUUGCACAGGCUAAUAUUAAAGCUAUGAAAGUGUCUAGAUCAGCCAAUCGUCCAAUUUUACGUAAAGCGAGCUCCUUGGCUCAACCACAUUUUAAUGAUGAAAUCCGUUGGAUGAAACUACGUCAAAUUGAUUUACAUACGGCCGAUGGGUUACCACCCUUACCUAUGCAAAUAUCAUGGGUACGGGACGGAAUAUUGGUGGUUGCAAUGGACUCUGAAAUGCAUGUUUACUCACAAUGGAAGCCUCGUUUUAAUCAGCAACAUAGCGUUGAAGAUAUCUGCGAUUCAAGAAAUCUUCGUGAUGAAGACUUGAGAUCUUUGGCUAAUGAAUCCACGCAACUACGUUUAAAAACGGCAACGUCUAUACCGUUAAUAAGCAAAGUUAGUACUGCUAAUCUUCAAUUACUUUCUAAUGAGAAACGUAAGAGGUACGGAAAUUCUAGUGCAAGUGUUCCAACGGGCUGCGAAACAUCAAAUGAUGAUUAUAUGCCUGAUUUCGGGUUGUUUCAGGCAUCUCGAAUCGCAUGCCCUGUACUUCCACAAUAUCAUCCGAAGCAACUAAUGGAACUCUUAAAUUCUGGUAAAAUCAAUUGGGUCAAGGCAAUAUUAGCUCAUUUAGUUCGAUGUAUGAGCAGUCCAAAUGAAUAUGCAUCAACUUCUGAGGACGGAAGCUCAGAGAAGCAGCGAGCGUGGUCCCGAUCUAGAACUCUCUCCAUCAGCUAUGUAGGAGAAAUAAAUGUACCAAAUGAGCACAGAGGAUCAACUACACAGGUACCAGAAGAGUUGAUGCUUGACUAUACUGAAAUUACAUCUAUACCACCUUUACCUUUAUGGGUGCUUUUAAACGCUGAUAAAGAGUUGCCAGGACAAGGAAUGAAUGUUCUCGAAAACGGUAAAGAUUACAAUGAACUUUUUGAAAUCAACAAAUCAGAAGAUAAUUUGGACGAUCUACUCGAUAACGACGGCGAGCAUUGCAAGUUCGAAAGAAAACUAUCCAUGCCGGAGAAGUUAAGUAUAUCCCAUUUCGGCUCACGUCAAGGCCAGCUACUGUCGCGCCUUCUCACUCAUACACAUUUACCUGGAUUAUCAUCUUUGGAUCAAAUGCAUCUAUUGGCACUUGCCGAUACUGUUGCAAAUUUUAACAGUGAUUUUAGUGAAAAGUUUUCUUCGGAUCAUGGAAAGAGUGUCCCUAAAGAGAUGACUGGUAACGCAAUGUCAGAAUCAUUGGAUGAUUGUGGUUUACGGUUUCUUCUCGCUAUGAAGCAUUUUACGUAUCUUUUACGAUGUUUGCCAUUGAACCAAAGAGCCCAAUUUCAAAAGCAGGGCAUUGGAACGCCCAAUAUAGUAUGGGCUUUUCAUUCUGAAAGUGAAGAGGAGCUGUUGAAUUUGAUUCCGUCAUAUUCGAAAGGGGACCUUAGGUGGUCCACCCUUAAGGAUCUUGGUGUGGGAUAUUGGUUGAAAAAUAUAAAUACCUUAAGGUGCUGUGUAGAGAAACUAGCAAAGAGUGCAUACCAAAUGAAACAAGAUCCAUUAGAUGCGGCCAUAUUUUAUUUGGCUAUGAAAAAGAAAUCAAUUGUGUGGGGUCUCUUCAGGUCUAGGCGAGAUGAAAAAAUGACUGCAUUCUUUUCCAAUAAUUUUUCUGAAGAUCGAUGGAGGAAAGCAGCGCUUAAGAAUGCUUUUGUUUUGCUAGGAAAACAACGUUUUGAACACGCAGUUGCAUUCUUUCUUCUUGCAAAUUCUUUAAAUGAUGCAAUAGAAGUUUGUAUAAAUAAAUUGGAGGAUUUCCAGCUGGCAUUAGUAAUAGCAAGACUUUUUGAAGGUGAUAUCGAAAUAUCCUGUAAGUCGACUUAUCGUAGCCUACUCUCUGAACACGUACUCGGAUUGACCGAUGAAAAUAGUGUAUUUGAUGCAAAUAAGGCACAUCCCGAUCCUUUUCUUCGAUCGAUAACCUAUUGGAUUUUGAAGAGAUAUCAAGAUAGCUUGCAUACACUGCUGUUAAAUGGUGUUGGUACAAAUCAUGCUGCUUUUAAAGAAGAAGAUAUGUUAAAAUCUGAAACAUCUGCUACCAACCCCAAUGUUUUUAAUUUCUAUAUAUAUUUACGUACACAUCCUCUGUUGGUCCGCCAAAAUUUAGCAUUGUCUGCACAGGAAAAGAAAUGUGCAAAUGUCGUCCUAUCAGGAUUUAGUUAUUCUGGGGAUAAUCAGAAGUCUAAAUCAAAUGAUAAACAACUUCAACUUGAAGAUUCAAUUACACCAAUUGAGAGGCAACUUUACUUUACCACAGCUCAUGCACAUUUUAAGGCUGGAUGCCCUGCUUUAGCUUUGGAAGUUUUAAAUAAAUUACCCAUGAAGAUUAUGGAUUCAAACAGUAUUUUCGAAGAAACUUCCACCAACGCUUAUAAAGAAGACCAAAUUACUUCUGGUAUAAUUGAUUGGAGUGCGCCGGUAGUGGAUUCUUCUACAGAUUUUGAUUGGAGUGCUCCUGUUUCGUCUUUACAAAAGGAAGAAGCCUUUGAGAUAAAAUGGGAUGAUAGUGAAGCUCCCGAAAACGAGGAGGAUGAUGAAGCCGUAGAGCAAGUAGAAAGUAAACCGCAAGAAACUGAUAAUGAACCGCAAAAAAAUCAGUUGGGAACAUCAAAAGAUGUCAAAAUAGAUAUAAUGGCUCAGCAACUAAAAUUCGUAGCUUGUUUAAAAAUAUUAAUGGAAGAACUUUCAACUUUGGCUACUGGAUUUGAAGUUGAUGGCGGUCAACUACGAUAUCAGCUUUACAUUUGGCUGGAGAAGGAAGUUGAAGCACUAAAGCAGCUUUGUAAUUAUUGCAACUACGACUCCGUUGAUUUGGAUUCUUCUACGCAAAUAUUAGACGUUACACUUAAUGAAAGAGACCAAAACUCUACAUCUUUCGUACUAUCUGAGAAACCAACUCUGCAUGAAAUUUUAAUGCAAGAAAAAUACGACUUUGAAGCUAAAGUUUUCAGAGCCGCCAAAAGGAAGCGUUGGCUUAAAGGCAAUGAAACUCUUCUAAGGACUUUGCUCAGCUAUUGUUCGCUUCAUGGAGCUAGUGGAGGUGGUCUUGCUUCCGUGAGAAUGGAAUUAGUUCUUCUUUUACAAGAACUCCAACAAGAGAAAACGCAACAACAGUUAUUAAGUCCACUUCCCUUCCCUACAACUCUGCCUUUAUUGAGCGCUUGUGUUGCUGGCAAUAAAACUGUUAGCGCUGAUCCCAUCAAGUAUUUACAGUCGCAGACAAUUGAUAUGCUGCAGACUAUAAUCAAAAUAUCUCCCCCACCCGGAGUAACAUCAAAUUCCUUCUGUGAAAUCUUCAUUCUUAGAGAUUUAUCCAUCGCUCUCUCAUCAUGUAUUUAUCAAUCCUUAUGUGACUCGGAAAGCUUUGUUGUACAUAAUAGCUCAACAUUAAAUGGAUUUCAAAGUCCUGGAAUAGAAAACAUUGCCAAAUUAAAUUCACUUUUUGAGUGUUCUCAUUUAAUUGGUAAUACAAAUGCUUAUAAUAAAAGGAGAAAGUACUCCUGCGAUGAAUCCACUGCUGUUUGUACUUCUCCAGCAAAAUGGCCCGGUGUUACAAAUUUAAGAGCGCUGUUGGCAAGGGAAAAAGAUGAAGACAUUCCAAAAUUAAAUGUUUUAUUACUUGAGUCAUUUAUUGCAACAUACAUGUCUCUGUUAAUAUAUUCAAUGGCCACUUGCGAUUGUCGUUUGUUAUACAGACUUGUUGGACAAAAGUUUUCAACCGACACAUGGUCAACUAUAUUUGGCGGUGGAAUGAAAAAGCUAUUAAGAAAAGCAACAAUACGAAACGAAAAUACAACUACGAGUCAACUACCAUCCAAUAACUCGGAAGAAAGACCUGACGAGAGCGGAGUUUGGAACACGGUGACUUCAAUCACCAAACAACGUGUUAAACUCAAUAUGAAACUGCUCGGUACAUUUAGUCAUAAUAGUACUUCAUCAAAUAUGAAAGAGGAUAAACCAACUUAUCGGGAACAGUUCGUCCCGCCAGAAAUGUCAAUGCUUUCGUAUUUUCUCUUGAAACCCGCUAACUCAGAUGAAGACGACUAUGAUACUGAUGAACCUAUUGAAAGUGAUAACGAAGAUGAGGAGGGUGAUGAUUCUUCCAAAUUAAACUAUCAACAACCAAAGUGCAAUACAGAACAUUUGAAUCCAUCUUCAUAUUCUUGGAGUAUUUUACGUUUAGCAAUUAUUCAGCUUGUUUCUUCCAAAAUACAAGAGUUCGUAAACGUUGCUGGCAUCGAAAUACAAGAUCUACCAGUAUUGAGUCCUCUUUCUCAUGAGCUUUUGCGAACACUUCGACGAUGGCAAGAUUUUGCCAUAAAUGUGCUUAUAACCAAAGGACCGCCACCUGAAGACUUUAUUCCAGGUUGCUUUGUUGAAAAUAGCGGUCAAGGGCCAGCAAUACAUAGAUAUCGCUCCCUCUUAAAUAAAGAUAAUACCCCGUUCCUCUUAAACUCUUCCACUGGACCUGUUCGAAGAUUGUGGAAUUACUUGGUAAGACAAGAGCAGGCGCAGGAAGUUUUUAUAAAGGCAGUAUUUGGAAAGAAGUUGGAUUACCGAACUAUGACACGAGAUAAUGUUGACUUUAAAUUAGAAUCCGGAUCAGUGAAUGAGAGUGAUGAAUCCGAGCAUAUUAGAGUAAUUCAUAAGGAUCACGAAGCUUUGUUGUCAUUUUGCUUAAACAACAAUUCUUCUGGGAUGAUUGCGUUAGCAAGUCCACGUGAAAUCCAAGAGCUUGACAUUACAAUGCUACUAGAAUCACCAAAUUGGUACGAAGACGAAUGCGAUUAUGAUGUCUUAUCAAAGGAAUCAGAACCUUUGUCUACCACUGGAUUUUUGGUUAUACAAACUCAGGAACAGUCUCAGCAUAAUUCAGCAAUUAACUCAGACUCUUCAGUUAAUUUCCAGUCCGCUUCGCAAUCAGGACGGGGAACCUCGUUGAUUUUGCGGCAUAAAGUUGAAAAUGUGAAACGAAUGAGUUCUCAUCCAUUACUCCCACUUUAUCUAACUGGUGGUCAAGAUGGAUCAGUCCAGAUAUGGGAAUGGGGUCAUCAACAAGCUGUUUGUUCACCAAGACCUUCUGGAACAUUCGCUAAAGUGACACGAUGUAGAUUUUCUGAGCAAGGAAACAAAUUCGGAAUCGGUGACGGCGAUGGAAACUUAAGUUUGUGGCAAGCAGGCAUUGCCUCACAAAAUAACAGACCAUUUUUCACGCACCAGUGUCACAACAAAUUGCUUUCGGACUUCGUGUUUUUGGGCUCAUGCAGUUUAUUAGCAACAGCUGGCCAAAGUUCUGAAAACAAAAAUAUAAACAUUUGGGACACAUUAUUGCCUCAGAAAAAAUCGUGCGUUUCAGCUUUUACGUGCCAUGAUCAAGGAUCCUCAUGUUUAUGUUUUGCCCCACAGCAUCAAUUGUUGAUAUCCUGCGGAAAAAAAGGAGACAUUUGUAUAUUCGACGUAAGGCAGAGGACCCUUAAACACCGUUUCCAGGCACACGAUGCUACUAUAAAGUGCAUUGCCCUUGAUCCUCAUGAAGAGUUCUUCGCUACAGGAUCCGCAGAAGGAGAUAUUAAGAUAUGGAACUUAAAUCAGUAUUCGUUACUUAGCACAUACCCAGCUGAACAUGCUAAAAACAGUUUCUUCAAACAUAUUGGUCAAGGUGUUGGUCAACUACAUAUAGAUAAUUUCGGUCGACUAUUCUCUUGUGGCUCUGAUGGUUGCAUGAAAGUCCGGCAGCUAGUGGAAAAGGAAUCCGUUGUUCACUCUUUAUAUUAAAAUAUGUUACGAAAUAUAGUGUCAGUUUACUAAUCUGAAUGAAUUGCAAUUAUUAAAAACAAAAAUUUUAAAAUUACACAUUUAUAUACAACUAAUAUGAGUCGAAAACUCGUUCUAUUCUAAAAACAAAUUCGAUUCGAUUGUCAAUUCGUAAUUCGAAGAUAUUAGAGAUUUGUUAGAAACUCCAAGAACGAGCUAGUGCUGCUCGAAAUGACCUUUCAAAGGCUAUCACUCGAGAACGAACAAAAUUUUCUGUCGAAUCGCAAUAGAAUAUAAGGGCAGCGGAUAAGAUUAAAGCUUUGUUAUGGGUAGUUUGUAUAAUGACGAUAUGAUUUUUCUAACCUUCUCUUUGCUCAUUUGAAGUUAAAAAAAAUGUAGAUUAAAUGAAAUCGAUAUACUGAAAUUUGCAGGCAAAGAUUUGAAACUCCCAAUAUUCAAAAGUCCUAGAUAUGAACAACACGAAAAAAGUAUAGUAAAUUAAUGAAAAUAUGCAUUUUUUGUGAAUAAUGGACUGGUGACACUAUUGAGUAUUAAAAAUAUUAUUACCGAAAUACUUUUUACUACUUUUCAUCUCUAUGUCAUUUCGCUUCAUUGCUUACUUCUCUGGAUUGGCAGUAAGCAGAACAAACGAAAGUGUUAUUUUAUGUA